UUAUAUACUCUUAAAGAGGGAAUUUUGCCGACUAAGAGACAGAGAGACCACCGUAACUUUUGGACAACAAAAAAGCUCUAACGAGUCACGCCUUUAGAUUGCACUUUCUUCUUCUUCUUUAAAAAAAGGAAAGAAAACAAAGGUGUAAUUGCAGUGGAGUUGUUCCCCAAGUCACAGAGAGAAAUCACAGGCAAUUUUGGUUAUCCCUUAACCGGUCCAUCCAUAUCUGAACCGUCCCGGUACAAAGAUCCGUUGGUUUCUGGUUUUGAGAUGUCGAAUCCCAGACAGAGGAAAGGAGAAGCAAUGAUGAAUCCGACGAUUUCGUGGAGGUUCGCGUCUUCGACCUCUCUUCUCUCCAUUCCUCGAACACCAAAAAGUGCCUUUAUCUUCGCCAUGACCUUCUCUUCUUCUUCUUCUUCUUCUUCUUCUUCUUCUUCUGUGGAAAACCCUAACAAGGACGAUUCCUCCUCUUCGCUUGAAUUGGUCCUCAAGUACCACAACCAGACGAAGCACUCCUUGAACGGUUACGCGAGAGGUCCUCGUGGUCUCGACUGGGCCAAUCAGCCUAAUCCCUUCCGCCGGUACCUCUCUGCUCCUCUUCUUCCUCUCCAACACCCCAAUCACGACAUCGACGACGACUCCGACUCUCCUCUCUACUCUACUCUAUUCGACUCGCUUCCUCCGCCCAAACCCAUCUCUCUUCCUACAAUCUCUCACCUUUUCUACCAUUCUCUCGCUCUCUCCGCCUGGAAGACCACCGGAUCCUCCACGUGGCCCCUCCGCGUCAACCCCAGCAGCGGUAACUUGCAUCCCACCGAGGCCUAUCUCAUUGCUCCUCCCAUCCCUUCCCUCUCCCAAUCCGCUUUCGUCUCCCACUAUGCUCCCAAAGAGCAUUCUUUGGAGGUUAGAGCUCACAUCCCCUCUUCCUUUUUCCCCAACUUCUUCCCGGAGAAUUCUUUUCUCAUCGGAAUUUCUUCAAUUUUCUGGCGUGAAGCUUGGAAGUACGGAGAACGAGCGUUUCGUUACUGUAACCACGACGUCGGCCACGCCAUUGCCGCUCUCUCCAUUGCAGCCGCAGACCUAGGCUGGGACUUGAAGCUUCUCGACGCUUUCGGAGCUGAUGAUCUCAAGAGGCUUAUGGGUCUCCCCGAAUUUCAGUUACCUGAAGGUAAAGGUAAAGCUGAGCUCCCUGAGAUUGAAUUCGAGCAUCCUGACUGCUUACUCCUUGUUUUCCCCAACGGAACUAGUAGAGAACAUCUCAACUUAGACUACCUCGCAAUUAGCUCUGCCCUUAGAGACUUCCCAAGCCUAGAAUGGACUGGAAACCCCAAUACUCUGAGCAAAGAGCAUUUGUGUUGGGAUAUCAUCUACAGGACAGCCAAGGCUGUAGAAAAGCCUCCAUUGAUCUACUCCACCUCUUCUUCUUCAAUUGAUGUUGCUUCCUUCACAAGCAGUCGUGCUCUGUUUAGCCACAGUUCAUAUAAUAAGUUAACGGUGAGGCAAGUUGUAAGGACGAGAAGAAGUGCUGUUGAUAUGGACGCUGUUACUUGUAUAGACAUGUCUUCGUUUUACCAGAUGCUGAUGCACUGUCUUCCUUCCACAGGCGAGUCCCAAAAAGAGCAACUUGCGCUGCCGUUUCGAGCUCUUCCUUGGGAUACUGCUGAGGUUCAUCUUGCCUUGUUUGUUCACAGAGUUUCGGGUUUGCCUAAGGGACUGUAUCUCCUAGUCAGAAACGAGGAUCAUCUCAGUGAUCUCAAGACAGCUACGAGGCCUGAAUUUGAGUGGACUAAACCAGAUGGAUGUCCGGACAAUCUUCCUCUGUACAAGCUCGCCGAGGGUGAUUGCCAGAGGCUGGCAAAAGGGCUAUCAUGUCAUCAGGUACAGAGUCGGAUAGAGUUGUAAUUAACAAUAUAUUUCACUUGGUUACUGAAUCAUUGUGGUUGAUGGAUGCAGGACAUUGCAGGGGAUGGAUGCUUCAGCUUAGGCAUGAUAGCUCGGUUUGAACCAGCACUGCGGGAGAAGGGCUCAUGGAUGUACCCUCGACUGUUCUGGGAGACGGGUGUUGUUGGACAAGUUUUGUACCUGGAAGCACACGCAAUGGGGAUCUCAGCAACCGGGAUUGGGUGCUAUUUCGAUGAUCCAGUGCACGAGGUUCUGGGGAUUAAUGACUCUAGCUUUCAGAGUCUGUACCAUUUCACUGUGGGAGGUCCAGUUGUAGACAAGCGGAUCAUGACUCUUCCUGCUUAUCCUGGUCCCACCACCACCGUUGCCUAGAUCAUACAUACAUACCCGUUAAUCUGUGUUGAAUCCGUAAACAGCCUUCAUUUUGUGGUCUGUUAAGUGGUUGAUGGUAAAUAUAUAAUCGAAUUUUAUAUUCGUUGUUUUUUUAUUGGGAAAUGGAUUUUCUUUGUUUGGUGACAUUGCUCUAAAACGAUUUUUUAAUGAGCUUCCGCUCUAUCAUAUUUGCGUUUUGUUGUCC